UCGGCAUGAGGCUGCAGGACGUCCAGGACGUCCAGGACCCCCAGCCUGCCCAGUGAAUGUGGCGUGUGGCGCGGUGUGGCGGCACUUGGUCCAGUCCAGUGACACAGUCAGGACGCGUGGGGCACGUCGCGCCGGUCAGGCAGCCAGCCAGCGGGCACCAGCGGGCACCAGCGGGUCAGGGGGUUACCAGUCCGAGGAGCGCAGUGUGUGAGUGCCUCGCGCGUCUGUGUGAGUGGCGACGGCGGUCGGAGUGAUUGCCAACGCGAGUGCGUGUGAGUGCCAUCAGCGAGACUGUGCACCGGGCGGCUUCGAGGAGGAGGUGAGAUGCGAAGGCGGUGCCGUUGAGAAGCGACGCGUCCACAUUACUUCCGGUCAGCCACUUCCGCCAUGAACGCGCUCCACGCCUACGCCGCCUGCGUCCUCUUCGCCGCCGCUUCCGCCACCGGCUUCCUGAACGGCGAGGAGGAGGGCCCCGUCAAGCUGAAGGCGACCGUGGGCGACUCGGUGGUGUUCAACUGCCGGCUCGAGUUCCCCAACGACCUCCCCAUCCCCUACAUCAUGCACUGGAACAAGGGGGGCAGCACGGUGUUCUCGUGGGCGGACGGCCAGCUGUCCGCCGAGGACCCCUACAAGGGCCGCGUCUCGCCGGCGCACGACGGCGUGCUGCCCGGCGUGGCGGGCUCCGGCGUCGGCGCCAUCAACCUCACCAGCAUCCGCGAGUCGGACAAGGGCUGGUACGAGUGCCGCGUGCACUUCCCCAACCGGACGCCCAGCACGCGCCUCAACGGCACCUGGUUCUUCCUCGACGUGGACGGCGGCACCCUGCUCGCCACGCCGCCCAUCAACGUCACCACGCUGGAGGGCCAGACGGCGCACUUCUCGUGCAUCACCAAGGACCGCAACAACCGCGUGACGUGGUACAAGGACGGCACGCCCAUCUCCGACAUCGUGGAGCUGCGGCAGCGCUCCUUCGUCUCGGACGACGGCUCGCUCACCAUCGCGCCCACCGCCAUGGGGGACCCCGGCGAGUACAUGUGCGAGGUCUCGGACGGCUCCAUGCGCCAGCAGGCAUCGGCGCACCUGGACGUGCAGUACAAGGCCAAGGUGAUGUACUCGCCGCGCGAGAUGCAGCUGCCGUUCGGGCGGUCCGCCACGCUGGACUGCCACUUCCGCGCCAACCCGCCGCUCACCAGCCUGCGCUGGGAGAAGGACGGCUUCCUGUUCGACCCCUACAACGUGCAGGGCGUCUUCUACCGCCGCAACGGCUCGCUGUUCUUCAGCAAGGUGGACGAGACGCACCGCGGCCGCUACACGUGCACGCCGUUCAACGACCUGGGCACCGAGGGCCCGUCGCCCGUCAUCGACGUGCGCGUGCAGCGCCCGCCCGUCUUCACCAUCAAGCCGCACAACAUGUACCUGCGCCGCACCGGCGACAGCGUGGCCAUGCCCUGCGACGCCGUCAACGGCGGCGACACGGAGCGCCCGCUCAUCGUCUGGUUCAAGAAAGACGGGACACCGCUGCCGAGGUCGCGGAUCACGAUGGAGGGCGGCAACCUGACGCUGGUGGACAUCGUGGAGGACGACCGCGGCAUGUACCAGUGCGUGGCGAGUAACGGCGCGGCCACCAUCUCCGUGGAGACGGAGCUGGUGCUGGAGAACACGGCGCCGAGGCCGCCCUUCAACCUGCGCGCCGUGUCGUCCACCACGUCGGUGACGCUCACCUGGCUGCCCGGCCUGGAGCGGCCCGAGACGCAGCACUCCGUGUGGUUUCGCAUUUCGGACUCACCGCAGUGGCACGUGCUACCCGACGCCAGUGAGCUGGACCUGAGCGCGCCGUACCGGCAGUCCGACACUCCCGAGUGGCGGACGCUGCGCGUCGGCGACACCGGCUCCACCGAGGCCAUGGUGUCGGGGCUCAAGUCGGGCCGCGAGUACGAGUUCAUGGUGCUGAGCCAGGACGAGCACGGCGACGGCAUGUUCAGCAAGGCCAUCCGCGUCAAGACGGCCGGCACCAGCACGGUUGAAGAGGUCCCGCACGAGUUCAGGACCUCCAUAGGGUCGUUCCAGCAGAUCGGCCCUCCCCGCAACGUAAGCGUGCGCGUCAGCAGCGAGGGCUACCUGGUGCACUGGGACCCGCCCGCCUUCGGCGCCGAGGACCUCAAGCACUACGUGGUGCGGUGGGCGCGCGGCGCGCCGGACUCGGGCUACCUGCCGUCGGGCUCCGACGCCACCGAGGACCUCUCCUACACCAUCCGCUACCUGGAGGAGGACCGGCUGUACACCAUCUUCGUGCUGUCCAUCAACGCCAACGACGUGGAGGCCACGUCGCACCCCGUGUCGCUGUACGUGCCGCCCUACCGCUCGCAGCGCGCGCUGUCCGUCGGCAUGGCCGUGGGGCUGGGGCUCGUGGCCGUGGCCGUGGCGGCCGCCUGGUACCUCCGCGAGAAGCAGAUCCGGCGGCUGCGGGAGCAGGACGAGGACGCCGACGACAGCGCGCCCAGCAGCAACGGCAAGGGCAAGAACUAGGCCGCCCAGUCCCACCCUUUUCCUCUUCCCCGUCCCUUCCCCCUCCUCCCUGUCUCCUUCCUAGCGCCCGCCAUUCGGCCCCCCCCUCCCCUCGAACCUCUUCACUGCCUAAACUAAAUCAGAGUAUACGGCUUCGUGUGUAGUUGUAUUUGGUUCUGUUUAACUUUGCGUGUAGGUAUAGUUUAUACGUUCCUGUGUGUUUUUUUGUAUGUCCCUUCCCCCCUCUUCUAAUUAAUCGUGAAUUUCAGUUCGCGGAGAGACUGUGAAAUGUAGACUGUGCAGAUUAGACGUAUUUAUUGCAAACUAAGAGACUCAUCUACUCGACAAAAUUUUCAGCACUUGAAAUCAGAACUACAAAGCAAAUAAUAUAGGGUGUAAUAACUGAAAAAAAAAAUGGUUGUGCUCAAAUGUGUUUUUUUUUUCUUCCUAGCGUCAUGGUCUGGCCCAACUGAGUAGUCAUGAAUAGCGGCACUUUAGUUUGUUAGUUCAACUUCGUGUGAAUGUGUGUGUACAUAUGCGAGUGCAUGAGUGUCUGCGAGGAAUGUGUACUUCAUAGGGCAGUAGAUGAGGAAAUCUUUGGCAAUGUCACCAAAGAGAUCUAUUUUUGUGCAUUUAUGGACAGUGUAAAUUUGCUCCCUGUGAGUACAAGAAGAGCGUUUUGUUUCAAUAAAAUAAUACUAAAAUUUG